GUGAAAGAGAAAAAAUAAUAAUAAUAAUAAUAAUAAAGCGAUGAAUGCAGAAGAGAUUAAUGGAAUAAAGCUUCGCCCUUAUUUAUAUAAACUCUAUAAUCUUCUUCCAGAAAUUUCUUUUGAAUUUGGCAAUGGCCAAGACCAAGAAAUCGAAGAAGCAAAAGCUCACUAAAAAGACUCCUAAGAAGAUCGAGAAAAAGCUUAAAUCCAAGAAGGUGGAAAAAGCCCUAGCCACCAAACCUUCCGAUUCCGACUCCGAUUCAGACUCCGGCUUCGACAAGCUCCAGAAACUUCUCGAACCUUACUCUAAGGAUCAACUCAUAGGCUUUAUUUCCGAUGCCGCCGCCUCCGAUUCCUCUCUCUUCCAGCGCAUCCGCGAAACCGCCGAUCGCGACGUCUCUCACCGGAAAAUCUUCGUCCACGGCCUCGGUUGGGACACUACUCGCGAAACCUUGCUGGCGGCGUUUGAACCCUAUGGCCAAAUUGAGGACUGCAAUGUCGUCACGGAUCGGAAUACUGGAAAGGCCAAGGGCUAUGGAUUCGUUCUCUUCAAGACGCGCCAAGGUGCUGUCAAGGCGCUGAAGCAGCCGGGGAAGAAGAUUAAUAACCGUAUGACGCAGAGCCAGCUCGCGUCGAUGGGUCCGUCGCCUCCGCCGCAGAGCCAGGACACCGUCGGCCGGAAGAUCUACGUGAGUAAUGUUCAGGCCGAUGUGGAUCCUGAGAGAUUGCAGUCGUUCUUUGCGAAGUUCGGGGAGAUCGAGACCGGACCAAUCGGGUUCGACACGCAGACUGGGAAGUCGAGGGGGUUUGCGCUUUUUGUGUAUAAGAAUCAGGAAAGCGCAAGGAAGGCUCUAGAAGAUCCGUACAGGAUAUUUGAGGGGCAUCAAUUGCAUUGCCAGAAGGCAACGGAGGGAAAGAACAAGGUCCCGGCACAACCGCAACCACAGCUGGCAGCGGUUGCUGCGACGCAGAAUUUCAUGUUAAGCCAGCAUCCAACUCUCAAUACGUUUUACAGUGGGUUGCUCGCCCAUCCGAAUGCAAGUAUGAUUGGGGCGGCGGCGGUUAAUCCGGCGGUAGCAGGAGCUAUGAACCCGGGCGUGAUUUCGUCGAGCCAAGUUGGUUCGGUCAUUGGUAGUGUGGAAGGUUUAGGAGGGUAUGGGACGCAUGGGGUGGCUGGUUUUGGGGGGACUCCUUCAGUGCUCGGCCCUCCAAGUCUCGGUCUGCAGCAUGCCUACCCGAGUACACAGCUCGGGCAAUCUUCGGUGGGUAGGGUUCAAGGGACUGGUGUUGGGACUUUCGGUGGUUACCCGUCGUAUAUGUGAUGAAGUGCAGCUGAGCUUGAGGAAUGAUGUCCAUGCGAUCCUGGAGAAUGUUUAUCUAAGAGCCUUUUCUGGAUCAAUUGCUCAGUUGUGGAAGUUUUGCUUAUAGGAAGAAACUUUUAACUUCGGUUAAUUUUCUUGUGGUCCAUACCUUUUAUGGUUCAGCCAAGCUCAACUAGAACUUGGUAGACCAUUUCUCUUCUUUUUCUUUGCUUCCCAUGUUUCUUUCUUUAGCCUCCUUAUCUUCUUUUACUUGGCAACACACUGUUGUUCUUUUAAGUAAUUUUGAUUUCUCCAUAUUUUCUGCUACA